AUGGGCUGCGGGAGCGCCAAGGUGCUGCCCAAGGGCUACGGCAGUGUGAUGCAGUCACUGGUGGCCUUCAGCAGAGCGCCGCCUGACCGCCCAGGCGGGGACCAGGACCUGAAGACCAGAGUGGAGAGGGGGGACUGGUUUUCCACAAAAGGAAAGAAUCCACCAUCGGAGCAGCGGCACCCGGUUGAGACGGAGACAUACAAGGACACGUUUGAUGCCCGAGACUCCCAACAUGAUCCAGAUGUGACGCCAGAUGCUGAGUCACACUCCAGUGACUCACCGCCGUUCCUAUUCUGCCCAGACAGAUACCACAUCAAGGCCCUGAUCGGACGAGGCAGCUUCAGCCGGGUGGUGCGGGCCGAACACAGGACCAGCCGCCGCCCAUUCGCCAUAAAGCUGAUGGAGGUGGAGGCCCCCCAGGCGCGAGAGGUGUGCGAGGUGGAGUUGGCGGUGCUGCGGCGAGUCAAUCACGACAACUUGAUGCGAUUGGUCGAGGUUUUCCAGGGGCAGCGACGGGUCUACAUGGUGCUGGAGUUGGCCACCGGUGGCGAACUCUUGGACCGCGUGGUCAGUAGGGGGCACUACACCGAGAAGGACGCCACCCGGGCCCUCCAGAUGGUACUUGCCGGGGUGGGCUACCUCCAUUCCUUGGGUAUCACUCAUCGAGAUUUGAAACCUGAGAAUCUUCUUUACUACCACCCGGGCGACGACGCCCGCCUGCUGGUGACUGACUUUGGACUGGCUACUUUUAGCGGGUCCGGGGCGUCAAUUGGUACCGGGGGUAGCAGCACCUGGUCCUUAAGAACCACAUGUGGAACCCCAGAGUACAUGGCCCCGGAGGUUGUGCUGAGGAGACCCUAUUCCUGCGCUGUGGACAUGUGGGCUUUGGGGGUGAUCGCCUACGUGGUGCUGAGUGGGUCCAUGCCCUUUGAGGACGAGUCCCGCAGUCGACUCUACCGGUCGAUUCUCCGAGGAAAAUGCAGCUUCCAUGGAGAGCCUUGGCCGUCUGUGUCCAAACUUGCCAAGGAUUUCAUCCGGGGUCUGCUGGAAGCGGAUCCGGCUCGUCGUCCGACCGCCGACCAAACCCUCCGUCACCCUUGGGUGGUUACCAUGGCCUCCAGCUCCUCCAUGAAGAACCUCCAUGGAUCCAUAUCCCAGAACCUGCGGCAGAGGGCGUCUCGGAACUCCUCACGGUGCCAGAGCCGAGGAGGAGGACCUGCUAGACUUCCAGCUGGGAUGUGA